AUGAUUAUAUCACUAACGGCACGAAGAAUUUCCGGCAAUGUUCUGACCGGCGUGUCCAAGAGCAAGCGACUAGGAUCAAUUAGUCGAUGGUUCAGUGGAACGGCUCGUCUCGAAAGAGCAUCUCCUGCUUAUGAUAGCCAACCGAUACGAUUGCUGCUGCUCGGUAGUCCCGGUGCCGGCAAAGGAACUCAAUCAGCCAGAAUUCAAAAGAACUUUAACCUGGCCGCUAUAUCCAGUGGUAAUCUAUUACGUCAGAAUAUAGCAAGAGGGACUGAUGUUGGCAAGAUGGCAGCUGCUCAGAUGGAACGUGGGGCGUUUGUCUCUGACGAUGUAAUGAUCGAAUUAAUCAAUAACGAGCUUGUCACUCUCGAACAACAGAGUUGGCUCUUGGACGGUUUCCCACGAACAAUAAAUCAAGCAACUUCCUUGGAUAAAACUUUAGCGAGUACAGGUCAACCUCUCAACUUGGUCAUCAAUUUACACGUACCUGAAGAAGUUAUUUUGCAAAGAAUAAUGGAUCGUUGGGUGCAUGUUCCAUCCGGCCGCGUGUAUAAUCUUAGUUACAAUCCACCUAAGAGACACGGUUAUGAUGAUAUCACUGGUGAGAGAUUGACUAAACGACCUGAUGACAAUCCUGAAAUCUUCAAAGUUCGCUUACAAAAACAUAUGUCGCUGACGGAACCCCUCCUCGAAUACUACGCCAAACGCAAUAUAUUGGUCACGUGUGCUGGACGCACUAGUGAUGAAAUAUAUCCACAGAUAGAGGCUGAACUCAUCUGUCGAUUUGGCCUGGGUAACGUGCGUCGCGUUGGAGAGGUCGUUGAGGAGGAUGAGAAGCGUGCAAUAAGUGAGCGAGUCGUUUAA